GGGAGAUCCUUGUGGAUUCCACCUGGGGUCGAGAACCUCAAUUGACCAUGAGCAAAGGCGGCGAUGAGAACGGACUGGAAGGCGGCGACAUUUGGGGUGAAAUCGAGCCUGAUAUCCUCGGCAUGACAAACGACGAGCUCAAGCAGCGCAUUCGACUACUCGAUAAUGAAAUUCGUAUCAUGCGCAGCGACAUCACGCGCAUCAAUCACGAGAGCCAGACCCAACGCGAGCGCAUCAAGGAGAACAAUGAAAAGGUCAAACUAAACAAACAACUGCCGUACCUUGUGGGCAACGUAGUCGAGAUUCUCGCGAUGGAGAACGAGGAUGAUGAGCAAGAUGGCGCGGCAGCGGAUGCAGAUGUCGGCCGCAAAGGGAAAAGUGCUGUGAUCAAGACGUCGACCCGACAGACCAUCUUCCUCAGCAUUCCAGGUCUUGUCGACGCUGAAUCGUUGAUCCCGAACGACCUCGUUGGCACGAACAAGGACAGUUACCUCAUCUUGGAAAAGCUUCCUGCGGAAUACGACUCUCGCGUGAAGGCGAUGGAGGUGGACGAAAAGCCCACGGAAGACUACAGUGACAUUGGCGGUUUGGACAAGCAGAUUCAGGAGCUGGUUGAAGCCGUUGUGCUGCCUAUGACGCAUAUGGAGCGAUUUCUUGCCAUCGGGAUCCAGCCACCCAAGGGAGUGCUGCUGUAUGGCCCUCCAGGGACCGGCAAGACGUUGUUGGCUCGCGCGUGUGCCAAGCAAACGGAUGCAAUUUUUCUCAAGCUGGCGGCGCCGCAGUUGGUUCAGAUGUUCAUCGGGGACGGAGCCAAGCUCGUGCGCGACGCGUUUGAGCUGGCCAAGGAAAAAUGCAAGGACAAAAACAAAGGCGGGGCCAUCAUCUUUAUCGACGAGUUGGACGCGAUUGGGACGAAGCGCUUUGGCGGCGAGCAGUCGGGAGACCGAGAAGUGCAGCGCACGAUGCUCGAGCUCCUCAACCAACUGGACGGGUUCACGAGCAACACCAAGAUCAAAGUGAUUGCAGCGACAAAUCGCCCUGACGUGUUGGACCCUGCGCUGCUGCGCUCUGGUCGGUUGGAUCGAAAGAUUGAGCUGCCGCACCCGAGCGAAGAAGCCCGAGCCCGCAUCAUGCAGAUCCACUCGCGCAAAAUGAACGUCGACAUGGAAGACGUCAACUUUGACGAGUUGGCAAGAUGCACGGACGACUUUAACGGGGCCCAGCUCAAGGCGGUGUGCGUCGAGGCCGGCAUGCUCGCGCUCCGUCGUGAAGCAACAAUCAUCAAGCAUGAGGACUUUAUGGAAGGCAUCGGGGUCGUGUCGGCCAAGAAGAAGGCGACGUUGCAAUAUUACGCUUAAUCGGAACUCGUGGCGCUCUAGACA